CCGCUCACCCAAACUGACACUACUCACAGUAAACUAACCGUCACGUAGAAAUCACGAUUGACCUUUGGACUACGGCUGACGAAAACAGUAUUUAUAAAAGCAGUGGGGUCUCAAAACGGUACAUUUAUGUUGGAGUUGUCUUCAAUAAUAGUUCGAAAAAAGUUAAUGUAUCGACAAAGUAUAGCUGCUGAAAACGCAAGAAUGGCUGAAGAAAAGUUUAUUAUUCGACUAGGUAAUCUACCAAUGGUUCAUUCUGCCUGGAACGCAGGAUGUGGAAUGUACCAGAAAACAAAAGAAAGUAAUGCCCUGUUUAGAAUGUCUUUGAAUAUUGCAGAAGGCAGUGUUAAAACUGUAGCAAGCACCGCAAUGCCAUUGGUUGAAAAAGUUCAACCUCAAAUUGAUUAUGUGAAUAGUAUUGCUGUUCAACAAUUGGCGAAACUAGAACAAAGAUAUCCUGUUAUUACGAAGCCAGCUGAUCAGGUAAUAUCAGAUAGUAAAGAAGUAUGUGGUAAUUUAGUCAAGCCUGCUGUUGAUCGAUAUAAUGCUGUAGUAUCUGUUGGAACAGACCAGGUUAAACGUGUAAAGAAAAUUGGAAUUGAUGGUUUCACCAAAGUACAGAAUGUUGGCCAGGGUGUUCUUAAUAAAACUUUGGAAACAUCUUAUGGAAAGUUUGUUGCUAACCAAGUUGACACUGUUCUAACAUUUUCGGAAAACUGUGUAGAUAAAUAUCUUCCAGAAGACGAAGAUGAAACUUCUAAAAUGGAGGUGGAUAUGGUCACUAAGAAUCCUAUUACUAGAGUUUCUGCCAUGAGUAAUAAAGUUAGACAAAGAAUGUACAAACAAGCCAUGAUAGAUCUGAAGCAAGUUAAAGUUAGAAGUCAAGACGCUAUUAACAAAUUAAAAUUUAAUGUUGAUUUGAUUGAGUAUGCAAGAUCAAGUAUCGAUGGUGCCAAGACUCAUGCAGGUCAGACAUGGACCAAACUAACCAUGGAAGAAGAUAUUGCAGACCCCAAGACUUUGGAAGACAAGAGUAUCAUCAUGGCUAGAAGUCUAGCUCGUCAAGUCAAAAACAGUGUAACAACUAUCACAUCCUUCGCUGGAAACCAAUCUGAAUUUUUGAACAAUCAAAUGAAACUAGCCAAACAGUAUGCUGAUGAUAUCUACCAAUCAUUCUCAAAGGUUAACAGUUACGAUGAAAUUCCAGCCUGGGCCCUUACGCAAACAAAAGACAAAUUGGGAUAUUUGACAGAAACGCUUUCCUUCGCAGCAGACACCUUAAUUAUGGCACCAGUGAGAUGGAUGUCUUUAGAUUUUGAUGUGAAUGAUAUCCAACUUGAAGAUCCUGAGAUUGUGAACUGUAAUGGUGUUGGUGUGUACCAAAUUGAUGAAGGAAUGGCUAGUGACAUUGAAGCAUAAUCUAACUCAACACUUUAUAUAAUAUGCUUCAUAUUGCACAUUCUAAUUAAAAUCAUUAUUAGAUGUGGUACACAUUAUUUAAAUUAUAUUUAUGUUGUGAUUAUGUUAAUUAAUGUUAUAUUACUGUAAUUUAUAGUUAAUCUAACCUAACUCUUUCUUUAAGAUGCUACAUAUCAUCUAUUCUAUUUAAAAUCAUCAUUAGAUGUGGUACACAUUAUGUAAAUUAUUUUAAUGUUGUGAUUAUGUUAAGCAAUGUGACCAGUAUAUUAAUUUAGUCACAGUAAAUAAUUAUUAAAGUCUAAUGCAACUCUUAUGUUUAAAUAUGCUUAAUGUUCUAAUUAUAAUCAUGAAUAGAUGUGGUACACAUUAUUUUAAUGACGUGAUUAUGUUAAUUAAUGUUAUGUUAAUUUAUAGUUGAAUAUUUGUAAUAAAAAUAUAUAUUUUUCUUGCCGAAAAAUCCAAUUGUAUUAUGCUCCUUAUUUCAUUGAAAACAUCUUUUUCAUUGGGUUAGAUAUAAUUUUCCUUGCUGAAAAAUCCAAUAAAUUGUAUUGGGUAUCUUAUUUUAUUUAGGAUAUAAGUUCUAAAUCAUUUCUUCGGUUUGUUAUAUAUAUUUUCUAUUAUGAUAUUGCUUUAUUUAACUUAAAAUUUGUUAUCCAAAGUUUUUUAACAUUGAUUUCUUUGUUUUAUUUAGUGCUUGUUAAAGUUGGAAAUCCAUGAAAUGAAUUUGGUAUUCCAUAAAGAUAGAUUUUUGGGGGUAUUUGUUAUGUUUAGCUGUUAAGAAUUAUUGUAGAAAAUACAACCAAACAGAAUUGUUUUUAAAGGGUUGCAAUCAAGUGUCUCACCCCUGUUCUUGAUAUCUGAACCGCUGUCCAUAAUGUACAAAUGUACUGGUAAUAUUUUAUUUUGGGGAAUAUGGAUUUCUGAAACAAGAGUUGUGUAAUGAGUGUUGGUUGGUUUUUAUCCAUUAUACCAUGUGGAAAGCACAAUGAUACAGAAAUUAUAAUUCAUGGUUAAUAUUGAAAGGAAGCCCUCGUUUAAUUUGUCCUUGGCAAGACAAUAAUUACCAUAAAGGAAUGAAUAGAAGCCUUCAAUAUUUACAGUAAUCAAAAGCAGACAAGUAUUUCUACUAUAAUUUCAACUCUGUUUGCAUAUUUAAGGAUUUAAUAAAUUGUUUUAAUAGAUAAUAUGCCUGCUAUUUUACCUGAUUUUCUUUAUAAUUUUAGCUUUGAUUUUUAAUUAGUUAUUAUUUGAUGUUUUUGUGAGUAGCAUAGAUUUUGUGCACCAAUUUAUGUUAUUUGUUCAAUACUGUUAUACGCAAUUUUUAAAAAUCUUUUGUAGAUCUCAUUUAUGCAUCUUUCUUUUACAAUAAAGUUUUUAACGCAA